AUGUUCGAAAGCUUGCAAUUCGCUACGGAACCUGAAGCUGCGGCUGUAUUUUGUAUGAAAAAUAGUCUGAGUGAACAUGGUCUUGCACAACUAGGAACUCAACUUGAUAACGCACAAGAAACUUGCUCUGCAAUGUUCUUAGUUGGAGGCUUUAGUGAAUCCAAAUAUCUACAAAAAAGAAUUAAAGAAGAAUUUCUUCAUCGAGUAAAGAAUAUUUCUGUUCCUAUUCAACCUAUGGCAGCAAUUGCACGUGGAGCCGCAAUUUAUGGAUUAUCUAUAAGAUCCAAUAAUCUGAAUAAUAUAGGGAAUGAUGAUAAUUUGAAAUGUGUUAUUUCUUCAAGAAUCCUAAAAUAUACUUAUGGAAUUAAGUCAACAACUAAAUGGGUAAUUGGAGAUCCAGUCAAUAGAAAGACCCAUGAUGGAUAUAUCUCCAAAUUCUCCUGCUUGGCUCGACGUGGUGUUAAAAUGGAUGUUAAUCAAGAGGUUACGAGUUCUCGAGUGCCCAUUUAUCCUGAUCAAAAAAAAGUAGCCCAUAGUAUUUAUUAUACUCGAGAAUAUGAUGGAAAAUACUGUGAUGAUCCCGGCAUGAAAUUUUUAGGAAAACUUCACGUAGAUCUCCCUGGCUCAGGUCUUAAUAGACCUGUUUUAUUUGGAUUAACAUUUGGACAAAUGGAAUUUGUUGCAACUUCAAAGAACAAAUUGACCGGACAAAUUUUCAAGACUACUUUUAAAUAUAACCUAGAAGAUUAA